UCAGACCAAUAAUCUGCAAACCCCUUACUAGACCAACUCAAUGACUUAACCCGGUUUGACAAACUUGGUGUUCCUUGUUUGGGCGAUAGCUGACGAAGGUGAUCGUUGCCCCAUUUGCUACCAGCUUCCAAAACCAUAGAGUGAGCCGGAAUCGAUCCAAGGAUGGUGAUUGCUUUCCCAUAAAGGGAUCGACAAUAGUCACGAACCAUUGCAUGGAGGAUGAAAAGAACCUCACGUCCAUAGAUCCUGAUUGUAAACGGGAUCUUCGUGAGGAUGUCCAUCGUAGAUCCGGAUGGUGGGUCAGAAAAAGAAAGCGUCGCAAUGCUUUGUAAGAGCUUGAGCUCACAUAUGAAAAACAAAUUAAAAGAUGUAGGUUAUUGCCAAUGACGGGGUGGAGGUUCUAGCUCCCUCCUUCGUCAGAACUAGAGUGUGACAAUUCUAUUUUGAACUCGUUCUUGGUGGUUAAUAAUCACAACUAGUUAAUCAAACUCGAAGAUGCAAAGCAACGGGUUUACUUUGCCAGAGAUCGACCCAUAUGGGGAGAAACCCAUUCAACGACGUCUUUGCAAUGGCUGGCGACUAACAAGGAUAUUCCCAUGAGCUCUAAUGACACCGGCGACCAGUCGAUCUUGACAUAUACAGACGCCGGACUCCAAUUUUGUUCACCGUGGCCAAGACGCAAAUGGGUUGUUGUGAAAAGAUUCUAUCUUGAUCUUUCGUGUCUAUUACGAGGGAUUUGGUUGUGCUCUAUCCAAACUUGGAGUUAUUUACCCAACAUAUUUAGUUGUGUUUGUGCCAAUUCAUGUGCUUAAAUGCUUGAACAUUGUCAAAUACAUCCCUAUUGCGUUUCUAUUUGAUUUCGAUAUGAUUCUAGAGUGUAUUAGUCGAUAUGGUGAAAAUUAGGUACAAAACAAGGUCACAAGUGUACAGAAGUGGCAAGAUGCUAAAUAUCGUGGCCUAGAAGCCAAAGAUCAUGGUCGGGAUCACAAGCCGAGAAGACCAGCUGAAGAUCGCGACCCGAAAGCUAAAGAUCACGACGCGAUCUUGGAAGCUUAGGGCGCGAACUUCGCAUGGAGGGAGCCUUGAAGAAACAGAGAGUUUCCCCAGUUGCAUCACGGCCAACUCUUAUCUUGUCCGCAAGAAAGAUCACGGUCGCAACUCGCAGAUCGCGACCGCGAAGUCAGCCCGCUAUCUUCCCUUUUCCUCAGUCCUCGAUGACUGGGUUUUGAGAUCACGGCCAAGAGACUAAAGAUCCCGCCCGCGAUCUUAUUUUCUCAGACCGCGAACUUCCCCGUGUCAACAGUGCCUAUAAAUAGAAGACCCCUUUCCCCAUUUUAGGAGAGCUGAUUUUGAGAGAAAUUUUCUGGUUCUAGAGAGAGAAGAGAGAAAAUAUGAAGGAAGCAGAACAUAAGGAGGAGCUAGGAGCAAGGAGGAUCUUCCCCAACUUCAAGUUUUCUUCUAUUUCUACCAUGUAUCUUCUUCCCUCCUUUAUGGAGUAGUCCUCUAAGAUACUAGUGGUUCUAAACCCCAAACCCUAGUUUUAGGAUUUACUCUGUAUGUAGAUGUUUUAGGGUUUGAAUGAAUGAAUGUGUUUGCCUAGUUGAUUUUAAUGUCACUCUUUCCUAAAUGAUGACGCUUGGGAAACUGGCCCAAUCUUCCCUCUUAGUCUGCUUUAUUACAACGUUGGGUAUGGAGUUCUAGGGUUAGAUGGGUAUGCGCCAUCUUGCGAGUUUAGGUGGUCGAGGCGGCCGUACCCUUGCUAUAUGUGGCUUUCCUAGGUGAAACCCGGGAUAAAACCUCGGUGUGGACGGUGGAUAGUGUCCAUUGAAAUGAGCCAUAUAACUAAUGCCCCAGAUACGAUAGCCUAGGUCGAGGUGACUGGAAUAGGGGUUUAGGGGAGGCACACUCGCAGACGUGUGGAUAACGACGAAGGCCCACGGAAAAGAGCUUACUCACCACAUUCGAUGAUCCUAGAUAUCUAUAUAUGCAUAGUGACCCUAAGCUAGAGGUAGGAUUAGUACCCAAAGUACCUGCUUUUAGCUUUGAUCAAUCCUUAGACUAGAGUUUCCUCAUAUCUUCCACUCAAAACCUCAAAACUUGAUUAACUAAUUAGCAACUAGGUGGGAAGUAGGCUAGUGUACCGGGACUCGGGUAGAAUACGACCUUGAUUACCACUAUACGACAACACCGUUCUAGGUUAAAGUUGACCUAGAAUGGGGUAGUUGUGGAUACGUGCAAACCUUUGACAAAAAACCUUCACGGAUUGAAGUGAUCAAGCUUUUUGGCGCAUUGUCAGGGAUCCGUGGUAACUAGUAAAAAACUAUUAAGUUUUUAGUUACUCUUUACCUUGCUUUAUUUGUUUUCUGUUGUGUUUGUUUCGUAUUGUUUGUUUUUGUUAAUUUUUUCGUGUUUUUUUUUUGUUUUGUUAUGGAACAAUCCAAGUACCACAUCGGUUGUACAAGGGAAGGAACCCUUGUAUAUUAGUGUCCACUAAGACCAAUUAGUACGCGGCCUUUUGGGGAGGACAACCAAAAGUAAAUCCAUGUGGGCUUGGCCCAAAGCGGACAAUAUCGUACUAAUUGAGCACCCCGGUUCGACAAGUGAUAUCAGAGCCUGGUUCGACAGAUCCGGGGAGAUGGACGUCAAUUUGGUGGUACCCUCAUUCGGUGGACCUCAGGAUUUGAGAUCUGCGUAUGGUUUGGUGGAUCCACGAGAGAUCCACGUUUGUUUGGCGGAUCAAAGAGAGUUCUGCGUUUGGUAAAGUCCUUGCUUGUCGAACCGGGGUGCUCAAUUAGUACGAUAUCGUCCGCUUUGGGCCAAUCCCACACGGAUUUACUUUUGGGUGUCCUCCCCAAAAGGCCUCGUACUAAUUGGGCUUGGUGGAAACUAAUAUACAAGGCUACCUUCU